UCUAUUUUUGUUUUGUUUACCAAUGCGGAACCACUUUUCCUUGGGCUCUGGCUCCAUCACGUCCGGAACGUUUAGCUUGGUACACAGGAAGUAAAUUCAAUUUAGCCAGACAAGUAGGUUAUAAUUCGCUGGUUUUUUAACAGUUUUGGUCGGUAAACAAUUCUUAACAUUAAAAUCAGUAGUCUUUUGAGUAUUCAAGAUGCUGAUUAAAGUAAAGACACUCACCGGAAAGGAAAUAGAGAUUGAUAUUGAGCCCACAGACAAGGUGGAGCGAAUUAAAGAAAGGGUGGAAGAGAAGGAAGGGAUCCCCCCGCAGCAACAGAGACUCAUCUACAGUGGUAAACAGAUGAAUGAUGAGAAGACGGCCGCAGACUACAAGAUCCAGGGAGGCUCCGUGCUCCAUCUUGUGUUGGCGCUAAGAGGCGGCUCGACGCUCCACUUGCCCUGCACACACUUGCCCUCGUUGUCAUGAGUCGCUGUUGUCAUCAGUGCCAACGCUUAAGGUGUCCGUCAACGUCUAACCAUGUUUCAGCAGAGAUCUGAAAUCCCACGCUCUCGGGCCGACACAAACAAAAGAAAAAUCAACCACAACAGCAGCAAGAAGAAGAAAAAAGAGGACGUUCUAAUUCCUUUGUAGAUGUUUUUUUUGUUGUAAACCCACAUCUGACCCGUUGAUGCCGGCACCCAUGCAGUACAAAAGACAGUUGGAAAACACUGUGUUCUUUUUGCUUGUGAAUAAAUGCUGAAAUUGA